UUACUGACAUGUCCGACAGCCAAUAGUUAAUCACUAUCUUAUCCCCGCAGACCAAUGGCUGCCGCAGUUACAGCUCGUUGCUCACGCGAAGCAUCGAGCGGUUCACAUUUCAGCACCUGGAGCUGUCCGCUGUGCCCGAGCCAUCCGACAACUGACGGUGAGGAUGGCCAAGGUGAAGCAGGUGGGCCUGCUGGCUGCAGGCUGUCAGCCUUGGAAUAAAGACGUGUGUGCCGCCAGCGGCGACCGCUUCGCCUACUGCGCUACUCUGGCUAUUUACAUUUACCAGUUGGACCAGCAGUACAAUGAAUUCAAGCUGCGAUCCAUCAUGUCGGAGCACAAGAAGACCAUAACCGCCAUCAGCUGGUGUCCGGACAAUCGCGACCUGUUCGCCUCGGCCUCUGCAGAUAACCUGCUCAUCGUGUGGAACGUAGCGGAGCAGAAGGCCGUAGCCCGGCUGGACAACACCAAGGGUGUCCCUGCGUCCGUCAGCUGGUGCUGGAACUCGGCUGAUGGAGUGGCCUUUGUGUCCCAGCGAGGGCCGCUCUACGUGUGGGCCUACGGGGGUCCAGACGCCGGGGUCACGGUGCAUAAGGACGCCCACUCCUUCCUGUCGGACAUCUGUCUAUUCAGAUGGCACCCCAGCAAGAAAGGCAAGCUGGUGUUUGGGCACACAGACGGAAGCUUGUCUAUCUUCCAGCCAGGGAGUAAAAGCCAAAAGCACGUGUUGCGCCCAGAGUCGCUGGAGGGCACAGAUGAGGAAGACCCAGUUAGUGCUCUGGAGUGGGACCCUUUGUCAGUCGAGUAUUUACUAUGUGUCAAACCUCAUAAUGGCAUCCGGCUGGUGGACAGUGAAGCCUUGGCCUGUAUCACGUCCUUCUGCUUCCCCUCAGCUGCUGCGUCAGUCCAGUGUUUGGCCUGGGUCCCCUCCGCACCAGGCAUGUUCAUCACCGGAGACUCUCAGGUCGGAGUGCUGAGGGUUUGGAACGUGUCCCGCUCCACUCCUCUGGACAGCUUUAAACUCAAAAAGACCGGCUUUCACGCUUUACAUGUGCUCAGCUCUGCUCCUGUCAAGAAAGCUCCAAGCUCCUGCUCUCCCAGUAAAAGCCAGCACACCAGUUCCACCAGUGAAGCAGUUCCUCCACCCACCCUGUCCCAGAACCACGCCUUCUCUCUGCCUCCUGGCCACGCCGUGUGCUGCUUCAUGGACGGAGGGGUGGGACUCUAUGACAUGGGGGAAAAGUGGGACUUUUUACGAGAUUUGGGGCAUGUUUGAGACCAUCUUUGACUGCAGUUCAAGCCGGACGAUCCCAACCUGCUGGCCACCGCUAGCUUUGAUGGAACUAUCAAAAUCUGGGACACACACACGCUAACAGCUGUUUAUACCUCCCCUGGUAACGAAGGCGUCGUCUUCUACUCUUUAUCCUGGGCUCCAGGAGACCUGAACUGCAUCGCAGGGGCAACGUCUCGUAACGGAGCGUUCAUAUGGGACGUCAGGAAGGGCAAAAUCAUCACACGCUUCAAUGAGCAUGGUAAGAAUGGCAUCUUUCUGUAUUUCCUGAGCCAUAAGGAUUAGAGGAUUGCCACCUGUAGUGGAGAUGGAUUCUGUAUCAUUCGGACCAUCGACGGGUUAAAAAUACUUCAUAAGUACAGACAUCCUGCUGCUGUGUUUGGUUGUGAUGGAGCCCAGAACAACAAGGACAUGAUCGCCACCGGCUGCCUGAGGGACAAGAACGUCCGCGUCUACUACCUGGCCACCAGCUCUGAACAGCCUCUGAAGGUUUUCACGGGGCACUCGGCCAAGGUUUUCCACGUGCGCUGGUCCCCACUCAGAGAGGGAAUACUGUGCUCUGGGUCAGACGACGGUACCGUGCGUAUCUGGGACUACACCACAGGACGCAUGCAUUACGUGCUGAGUGGUCACACAGCUCCGGUCAGAGGCUUGAUGUGGAACACGGAGGUUCCCUACCUCCUCAUCUCGGGUUCUUGGGACUAUACGAUCAGAGUGUGGGACACCAGGGACGGCACGUGUCUAGACACAGUCUACGACCAUGGGGCUGAUGUCUAUGGUCUAACCUGUCAUCACAGCCGCCCGUUCACCAUGGCCAGCUGCAGCCGGGACAGCACUGUGAGGCUGUGGUCCCUGACCCCCCUCAUCGCUCCUCUGCUGCUGAACAUCCUCACUGACCAGCCCUGGGAGAGGAUCAUAGGAAGCACAGACACCGCUAUGGUUCCUGGCUCCCCUCCGCUGCUCUGUGGGAAAGUGUCUCGAGACGUCAAGCAGGAGCUGGACAAACUGAGUGGUGACAUCAAAGCCAAGAAGCUGCGCUGGUUCUCAGAAUGCUUUUCACCUCCAGGAGGCAGCAGCAACCUGUGGGACCUGGUGUCAGUCAUCAACGGCCAGGACGACUCGCUGCUACCACCCAGCUACAGCAAAGGAGUGAUGCACAUGAAGCACCUGCUCAAGUUUAAAACGUCAGAAGCUCAGGAACUGACCAUAGUAAAGAUGUCUAAGUUUGGAGGAGGCAUCGGAGCUCCCAGUAAAGAGGAGAGGCUAAAAGAAGCUGCUGACAUCCACCUGAGGCUGGGACAAAUUCAGCGAUACUGUGAGUUAAUGGUGGAGCUUGGACAGUGGGAAAAAGCUUUGUCUGUGGCUCCAGGAGUUUCAAUGAAGUACUGGAAGAAACUGAUGCAGCGGCGAGCUGACCAGCUGAUGGCGGAGGACAAUGACGAUGCCAUCCCAUAUUGCAUCGCUACAGGAGACAUAAAAAGGCUGGUCACGUUCUUCAGCGGCAGAGGACAACUUCUGGAGGCCUUGCUCAUAGCACAGGGCGCAUAUGAAGGGAACAUCCGUGCACCUCACAGCUCCCCUGUCAAUCAUACAAAUGAUGUGGACAACAGGCAACAGUACCAAAGCCUUCUACACAAGGUGUGCAAGGACCUGGCUGAGUGGUACUUCCAGGACGGACACUCUGUGCUGGCAGCGUGCUGUCACCUUGCUGUGGACGACAUUAAGUUGGCCAUGUCCAGUUUGAUCCGAGGAAACGAGCUGGAGCUGGCGGCAUGCAUAGGCCUGGUCCUGGGAGAGGCAGCCAAUCAGAGCACUGCAUACUGCCUGCAACUGCUGGCCAGGAAGUACAUGGCCACACCUACAUGGGAGCUGUCAGCAGAACUACUGCAGAUGAUCCCUAGUAACCAGACCUUAUUGGCUAAGCUAUGUGCAUUUUACCCAGGAAGUGAUGCAGAAAUCAACCAAAUGCAUGAAAAGUGUGGCCUUCCCUCGUUAGAGGAAUGCAAGGCGUUGGCAGAAGAAGCCAUGGAUGAAGGAGAUCUGUUUUCAGCGGUUAAGUUUCACCUUCUGAGCUCAGAACCUGAGAAGGCUCUUCCCAUCGGCAUCAAUCACGUCAAAGAACAGCUGACUGGACCCGACUGGACGGUGGAGAGUGUUCAACCACUCCUGGAUCUGAUGAGUUAUAUCAGAACAAACCGCCUCAUUAUGGCCAGUUUGACUGAAGCCCGCAGUGAGCUGCUGAUCCUCUGUGGCUACGUUGGGGGGCUGCUUGCCAUCCAGAGACAGUACUCCAGCAUCGUACCCGCUCUCUAUGAAUACACCAGUCAGCUGCUGAAGCGAAGGGAGGUGUGUGUUCCCCUGAGGAUUGAGCAGCUGUCUGUGGAGCUGGAUGCCUGGCGGGCCUGCACACAGAUGAAUAGCAUCCCCCCAGAGAGUCAAAAACAAGAGUUCAGCCUCCUGGAGACCAGGAUCCAACCAACAGACUCUGCUUCGCUGGUUCUGUGCGGCGCCGACUACGUCACAGGGUCCAGUCUGCCGAGCCACUCGGACGUGCAGCCGUCCUGCUUCACUGGACACAGGAUCCAGGGUCCAGUGUUCAUGCUGGAGGACGGUAAAUCCGCCAUCUCUCUCAACGAUGCGCUGAUGUGGGCCAAAGUCAACCCCUUCUCCCCCCUGGGAACAGGACUCCGCCUCAACCCCUUCUAACGGGAGCCGCGGCGUUUUUGUGCAGCUUCGUAGCAACAGGACACGACUCACACGUGGAACCGUGUGAGGUUGGUUAGCUUCUCACGGUUCUGGUAGAGUUUGGAUGUGGGUAGUUAGAAUGCUGCCCGUCCUUGUUCCCUGAAUGGGUCUUUUGGUACCGAUGUGCUCUUCUGUUCCUCAGAAUGUUUGUACAGGGUCUGAUUCUGAAGUGCUGUAAAAUCAGUGACUGGAAUAAAGAAACCGCUGAGUAUUUA